AUGGCUACCAUCAAAGCAAAGUGUCGUAAAAUUGUCUGCAUAGGCAGGAAUUAUGCUGACCACAUAGCUGAGCUCAAUUCUGCUCGCCCUGCGCAGCCUUUCUUCUUUCUCAAGCCCACAUCAUCUAUCCUCCUCCCAGGUCAAGGACCAAUUGUCCGUCCUCGCGGAGUGGAAUUACACCAUGAGGUCGAGCUUGGUUUGGUAAUUGGGGAAACGGCCAAACCAUUGAAGAAUCUAUCCGAGUCCGACUCCUCUAUUCUAGACCAUAUUCGAUGUUUUUUCCUGAGCAUUGAUGUCACUGCUCGAAACGUGCAGAAUGAGGCAAAAAAGAAAGGCCUGCCGUGGUCAAUAGCAAAGGGUUUCGACACCUUCUGCCCAAUAAGCCAUGAAAUCCCUCGCGAUCGCAUACAAGAUCCUCACAACGUCCUCCUCUGGUUAAGCGUUAACGGUGAAACGAAACAAAAGGACAAUUCAAACUUGAUGCUGUUCAAUAUUCCCCGGAUGCUUAGCGAUAUAAGCAAAGUUAUGUCCCUAGAGGAAGGCGACAUUAUCCUCACCGGCACUCCAAAGGGUGUAGGGCCAUUAAAAGGCGGCGAUCGGGUAAAGUGUGGUCUCGAAGCAGAUGGCAGAGAAGUAGUCGAGGCAAGAAUGGAAGUGGAAGUGGUGGAUGAUGAUAGUCCUGAUGCCUAUGUUUUCAAGGAAACAUGA